CGCUGCGAGCAGGAUUCGAACCUGCGCGGGGGAACCCCAUUGGAUUUCAAGUCCAACGCCUUAACCACUCGGCCAUCGCAGCACCUAUACGUUCCUAAUGUACAUAGUUUGAAGAAAAGCCCCUUUGAAAAAGAGUUUACGAAACAACUAAAUGCAAACAGAGCGUUUGUUGCUAUACUGUCAGAGAAUCAAAGAAGGAAGAUUAAUAGUUUGAAGGGGGAUAGGGAAAACGAAGAAAAAUAAUAUAGUUUUUAUCGACAAAGGCCAACAACAACAACAACAAAACGAACAAAAACUUUAAUUCAGUUUCAUUACAGGGUUUGUCAAACAAACGUUGAGUCACUGAAUAUUAUCCAUGGGGAAACACCCAUGUUUUUGAGGUGGUCUUUGCUGUUUAUGAGCAUCCAAUCAUCUUUUUCGUUAUGGGGAUCGUUGACCAGCUCCCAUCGUUAGGAUCGAUGAACUUUGAACCCACACACCUCCACGAAUCAGGUUGGAACCUCAAAACUGACAAAUGGACUGAAAAUAAGAAAAUAGAAUAAAAAAUAUAAAGGAAAUUCUUCUGGAAAAUAAGUGGUUACAUGAUAAUUAAACUUGCGCUGAACGCACGCAGGCAGUUUAAUAAUUGAGGCCUUUUUUAAAUAUUCCAAGUUAGAUCUAAUCACUUAAACUGGCUAAAGCUAUCAGCAAAAAGGAAGUUACGCUGCGAGCAGGAUUCGAACCUGCGCGGGGAUACCCCAUUGGAUUUCGAGUCCAACGCCUUAACCACUCGGCCAUCGCAGCGUCUGGUGAAGCUUUUUCUGACUCUAAUCUUAACCGAUGUUUCACUCAAGUGAAACCAGACUAGAAUUGCACUUGAUGUAUUAUCGGUCCACCAUCACGUUCUCUUUUAUCAUGAAAAUAGCCAAAAACAAUCAAAAUACGCAAUUGAUGGUUGAAAAUCCUGAUUAAUAAUAAGCUAAAAUUGCAGUAGGCCAAGUUAAGGUGGCAGGGAAAAUGCGCGUGUAAUGGUUUCACCCAGCUAACUAGAUCGUAUUUGAGAGGGAAAGAACAAUGGACGUUGUUUACAGAAACGGUCACAUGAUACAGAAUCACUUUGCUGGAAUAAAACGCGGCGGGACUUUGAAACUGGAAAGGAUAUUUUGAAUGAUGUAGUCUUUUUGAUUUUCUUGCCCCAAGGCCUCGUUUGCCUUUUGUCCCGUUUCUAACGCCAGCAAAGUCCAAUGCAAUGUUUCUUGUUACGUAAAAAAGUUCAAAAAAAUGAACGAUAAAUAUAUCCGCCGCGAGCAGGAUUCGAACCUGCGCGGGGAGACCCCAUUGGAUUUCAAGUCCAACGCCUUAACCACUCGACCAUCGCAGCGUCUCCUCCAGAUUGA